UGUUAGCUGUUGGGUCAGUGUGUAUUUUGAUCAUUUAAUUUUAAAAACAUUACCCUCCGACACGCCCUCGUGUAGCUAAACAUGGCGGCCAUUGACCUGGGUUCAUGUCAGUCAGUUGUCAUCUCCGCCCAACAGCACAAACACUUCAUUGAGGAGGGUCAAAACAUGCGAAAGGGGGCCAGAGGAAACGAAGAGUUUGCCCCUUGCAGCCACUUUUAAGGGUCAUGCUGUGUUAACCAAGAUGGCUCUUGUUUUGUGUUCAUGCUAGCUAAUUAGGAGCAAACUGGGGGAAGGAGAGCGAGUCACUUGAGCGCUGACAGCUGGGCUCCUAAAGGACAGCAGCCAUGAAGUUCGCGCAGUUGUUGAUGAAAAACAUCUCGGCGGCCAACAUCCCCAAGCAAGUGGAGAGGUUUUCCAAGUUCUCUCCCUCGCCUUUGUCAAUGAAGCAAUUCCUCGACUUCGGCUCAGCCAAUGCGUGUGAGAAGACCUCCUUUGUGUUCCUACGGCAGGAGCUCCCUGUCAGGCUGGCUAACAUCAUGAAGGAAAUAGAUUUCCUCCCGGACAAGCUCCUCAGCACUCCUUCCCUCAAACUCCUCACCAGUUGGUAUUCGCAGAGUUUGUUGGAGCUUAUAGAGUUUUUAGAGAAGGAUCCAGACGACAAGGACGUCCUGACUAACUUCACACAGAAUCUGAUCACAAUCCGCAAUCGGCACAACAAUGUGGUGCCCACAAUGGCUCAGGGAGUGGUGGAGUACAAGGAGGCCUUUGGCGUGGACCCCGUGACCAACCAGAAUGUCCAGUAUUUCCUCGACCGCUUCUACAUGAGCCGCAUCUCCACGCGCAUGCUCAUGAACCAGCACACAUUAAUCUUCGACGGCAGCGUGAACCCGGCUCACCCCAAGCAUAUCGGCAGCAUUGACCCCACCUGUGACGUGGUAGAGGUUGUAAAAGAUGCCUAUGAAACGUCAAAGAUGCUGUGUGAGCAGUAUUAUCUGACCUCCCCUGACAUGGAGAUCACACAAGUCAAUUCCAAAAACCCAGAGCAGCCCCUCCACAUUGUCUACGUGCCUUCACACCUCUACCACAUGCUUUUUGAGCUCUUCAAGAACGCAAUGCGAGCGACGGUAGAAACCCACGAGUCAAGUCUGGUGUUGCCUGCCAUCAAAGUGCGAGUCUCACUGGGCACUGAGGACCUGACUAUCAAGAUGUCUGAUAGGGGAGGAGGAGUCCCUCUGAGGAAGAUUGAGCGUCUCUUCAGCUACAUGUACUCCACAGCUCCCAGUCCUGUGCUUUUGGACAACGCUCGCAACGCUCCCCUGGCUGGGUUCGGUUACGGGCUCCCUAUCUCCCGCCUGUACGCCAAGUAUUUCCAAGGAGACCUGCAGCUCUACUCGAUGGAGGGCUAUGGAACGUCAGCUGUCAUUUACUUGAAGGCCCUGUCCUCAGAGUCAGUGGAGAGGCUGCCCGUGUUCAACAAGUCGGCUUUGCGCCACUACCGGGCCACCACAGAGGCGGACGACUGGUGCAUGCCCAGCAAGGAACCAAAGAAACUGGGCAGAAGCCAGUGGACGCACUCCUAAAAGACGGAAGGAGGUCGUGGGGGAAAUGAUGGUUUGGAAAGAAACACGUCUGGCCAGUUGCGAUCACAAGAUAACAGAAUGCCACAUGUUCUUGACACCAUGAGAUUGACAAUUUGCUGCUGUCAAUUUGGGCUUCUUAAAUUAUCCUCACCCCAUGAAACUAGCAGACUAGCUGUGUUGAAUUGGGCUUUUUUAAUGGGAAGAACAUCAGAAAUGGAGUUAUCUAUGACCACAUCAAUUUAAAACGUGGACACAAGUUUUAUAAACAAUAUUGUGUUAAAAGGUGCUAUUUGUAAAAUCCACUAGAAUUCUCAACUUAGUAGAACAGAUCACGUGAAAUGUUGUCGUGAAGGCAACAUUUCUUUUUUUAAUGACAUUUUUAAUGGAAAUGACUCGUGCUUCAUUGCAACAGUUUUUUCUAAUAUAAGGGACCGAUCGCUACCAGCUAGCAUUUUACAUGUAGCAUCUUUAAUGAAUACCUACCGUAGCUAGCACUUCCUACUGGUUGGGAGCAACAAUUCCCAGAGGAAAUGGCUGUUUUCAUUUUAGAAGAAGACAUUACUGUAUUAUUAGAAUAUAUUAUUACAUCUGGCUUCAUACAAAGUGCCUCCUGUCACAUGAUCGAUCACCCAGCUAUUGAAUGUUGCCAGCAAAAAGCCUGUUCCAAACAGAACAACCCCUGCAAUACUUCAUGAUGCCAGUGAGCUUUUUAUUGACCUUUAUCUGCUCACUCACUAGUUGUCAUGUGUUUGCUGCUCAGCUAAUUCAGCUGCUUAUUGUGGCCCAAAUACUGUAAAGAAGAAGCACUCGAAGACAUUUCAGGUAUUAUACAUUUCAACUAGAAAACAAAUAUUGCAGUUUCUCUAAGAACAAAAUAUUACUGCAAUAUUCGGUAGAUACAAACUGAUGAACUGCGGUCGUGCCAUAUUUGAGUAUUUUAACUUUUGAAGAAUAUUAGCAAGUAGGAUGCGUCCUUAACUAAUAUGCUUGAUGAAUGUUCAUUUCCAAAUGGAAAAACUCGAUGUGCUUGUUUGAAAUGAGUACUGUAAUGUGUAUGAAUGUGUUAGUGUAUUUGCACUAGAAUGUUAUAUUAUUUUUGCAUGAACACUUUGCUACAAUAGCAACGAAAAUGUGCUAUUUUAACAGCAAACCACCUUUAGAACUAAGAUUCAAAGAUGCUGACGGACAAUACAGUAGAUCCCUUUACAUUACAUAUUAUUAUACAAGCUGCAUUGAUGGGGGUAUAGCAUCCUAACAUACUAUUUAGACGUUUAGCUCUCAACUGAUUUCCUCUUUAGCAAAUGGUUAAGAUUUGAAAGGUUUGCAUUUCAGUCUAACAUCAUCAUUCUCUUAUUGAUGUGGUUCACUACUAACCUAACAAAAUAUAAAUAAAAAAAACACCACAAACACUGUUCAAUCCUUUGGUACAGUAGCUUCAUACACAUGUUGCUUGCAAGAAGCUAAAACAAAGAAUGUGAGAGGAGGAAACACACAACAGACAUGGUCCACUGGCUCGCUUUGCCCAUCAAACAUUUAUAUUCUGUCUAGAUUAGUCCAAAAGUAUCUCAGCUUACAGAAAUAGUUACAGCCAGUUGUUUUGUGCACCUACUACUCUGUGUGUGCACCUUUUUGCAUGGUAGCUGCAGUGUUGUAUCAACAAGUGUCAAACUGGCACGUCUGACAUGUCUACGCUGAUCAUAUUUUAUCUCAAAGGGUAUAUGUUUUUCAGAGUUGCAAAACAGGCCACAGGAAAUAAAUGUAAUAGCAGUGGUUUUAUUCGCUGUUACGGACAGGCUUAGACUUCUAAAAAAUAAAUAAAUAAAUCCCUCCAAUUAGAUGAAAUGCAAGAUGUGUAGUCCUAACAGUCCUUCUACAAUUAUUCUAAUCCUCAGAUAUGUGUUUGGUACUGAAUAUAUGUGAUAUUGGUUGAUUACUUAUACUCAUAUGAAUGUACUCAUAUAGUAAUUCAUAGGUGGUAUUCGGUCACGUGAUAAAGUGGUGGGCCACCACGGCUAUUGUGCAGAAGACAGUGUGUGAACUGAGUACGCAAGGGGCCUAGAUCUUCCUGCAAAAAGCAGAUACGGGCAAAAAAAUCCAACUAUGCAAUGGAAUAGACCCCAAUACUUUAUCAAAAACGAUUUGUGGAGAGAUAUCAAAGAUUAUACGUUGGCCGCGUUCCCAGACAUAUUAACUAUUUUGUGCUCUAGACAUCAUUCUACACUACAAAACAGAUGAAACUUGGAAAAGCAUGGAGGUCUACAACUUCUUUGUGUGUGGCUGGGUCAAGGACAUUGAUGUCAAGACUCUCCCGGGCAAAUAUGCAUCGUUUUUGCUCGGGUAAGGUUGCAUUUCAUGAUUUAACUUCACGUCUUCAGCCAUGUUUGUUGUUGUUGCACGCACCGUUUUCGAGUAGUGUUUUUAUCCAAAUAUAACUCUAGAUGUCAACAUUGUGUAUGGGCUGAAAGAUUCAUUUAUGAUUGUUUAUCAAAAUAUAACUACAGAUGUCAACAUUGUGUAUGUGUUGAAAGAUUCAUUCAUGACUGUUUAUCAAAAUAUAACUACAGGUGUCAACAUUGUGUAUGUGCUGAAAGAUUCAUUUAUGAUUGUUGUCUUUGGUAAAAACUUAACUCUUUUAGGUUUUGCUGACAUUUGCUUAUUUUUUAUUAAAACUUGCAGAGUUGGUGCUUUUCGAAACACUUGUAGCUAACACAUGUUUAAGAACUACAAAUAAGAUG